CAAAGAUAAAAUGCUCGGAUUGAAUUGAAAGUCGUCUAUUUCCUAUUGUCUGGUCUUUACUCUCAAACUCGUCUUAUCUUUCUCUCUUCUUGACGUUUUUAUUUUUCCCGGCGAAAUCCGAUUGCGAGAUCUGGUCCGACGAAUCAUCGUGCUGCCUUUUUUUCCCCUUUUCUUUUUCUACACGCAGUUAAAAAUCAUGAACCCCGAGUAUGAUUAUUUGUUUAAGCUUCUGCUUAUUGGAGAUUCUGGUGUUGGAAAAUCAUGUCUUCUCUUGAGAUUUGCUGAUGAUUCAUAUAUUCAGAGUUACAUCAGUACAAUAGGAGUUGAUUUUAAAAUACGCACUGUGGAGCAAGAUGGGAAGACCAUUAAACUUCAAAUAUGGGACACUGCUGGGCAAGAACGAUUUAGGACAAUCACCAGUAGCUACUACCGUGGGGCUCAUGGUAUCAUAAUUGUUUAUGAUGUAACAGACCAAGAGAGCUUUAAUAAUGUCAAGCAGUGGCUGAGUGAAAUUGAUCGCUAUGCUAGUGAUAAUGUCAACAAACUUUUGGUUGGAAACAAGUGUGAUCUCACCGCUAAUAAAGUUGUGUCAUAUGAAACAGCUAAGGCAUUUGCAGAUGAAAUUGGAAUACCUUUCAUGGAAACCAGUGCUAAAGAUUCUACAAAUGUGGAGCAAGCUUUCAUGGCUAUGGCUGCUGCCAUCAAGGAUAGAAUGGCAAGUCAACCAGCCAUGAACAAUGCAAGGCCUCCAACAGUACAGAUCCGAGGUCAGCCAGUUGCACAGAACAGUGGCUGCUGCUCCUCUUAGGUAACAACGCAUUAAUAAAAUAACCUCAGUUUGCUGGUUGUCAUGGUGUAAGAUUGCACUUGUCCUUUAGUCUUUUGAAUUGAAAACAUGUAUCUUCUUGACCCACAUCAAGAACGGGAACUCAUACUUGGUGGAUCGCAUUCUUUCUACACACUUGUUUAUCAAGGCUUGUACAAAGUGGAAAUGCUUAUAAAUGUUAGUAUUCUUCUUCCUGUCCCA